AUGACGAUCGACGAAGAACGUCUGGAAGAAAUAACGGAAGAAGAACAGAACAAAAGAAGAAAGAGUAAGUGUAACGUCGCGAAUGCGAUUUUACACGCGUUCGAAGAGCAAUCCAACACGAACGCGGGCGCGUUUUUUUCCUUCAUGGCUGGUCCAGGCGGGUUAGUCGAGUCCUCGAAUGCCUCCUCUUUGAGUGCUUUAAAUUUUUCACUGAAGAGGAAAAAAAUGUGGGCGAUGUUCUUUGACGGCUAUUUCGGGAGGCUGUGGACGAUGUCGCUGGCGAUUACGAUCGUGUGUUUUCCGAGCAUGCCUUGGUUGUUAGUACGCCGCACGGAGGAGGAGGAUGAUGAUGCGGGAGGAUAUUCGUCGUUUGAAACGGUGUGCGCGGCGGCGAGCGUUUUGACUUUGGUUUCGCUCGUCGAUUGUUGGUUGCGAGUGAAGUGCGUGCAAGGGUACGGGAUGAGUUUUGCAGCUAUUGUGGACGGGUUGACCGUGGUGAUGACGCCGAUUUUACCAGUCGUGCGAGAGUUUGUUUUGUACGAGCAAUCGAUCGGGAAAAGAGAGGACGACGCGUUGGCGUACGGCGCGAAAGCGUUCGCGGUUGGAUUUGCCGAGUUUUUGUUUUUGAUGCGUUUAUGCAUCGCCGGUGCGCAGUUUUUGUCCGCGAGGUGGGAAGGAAAGUCCGCGAGGUACGGUGGUGGUAACAGUGAGAAGAGUAACGCGUCCGCGGCGGGUGUCUUUCGAAGAUUGGAACAAGCUGGGGCGGCGAAUAUCGCGCUACUGGUUGCGACGACUGUUACGCUGGGUCCGAUUGCCUCCGGCGGCGAGAAUUCAAUCACCAUCGUCCGGAACUACGCGUAUUACGAGGGCGCAAACGCGAGCGAAGUCGAUCAAACGAGAGCUAUGCGGCGAUUGAUGGAAGCUGGAUUAGCUUUAGUGGCUUCGGCGUUGUUCAACGCCUUGUUUAUUUCCAUGCGCAUGCACUUGUUGGGCAAACCGUUCGAGAAGAUUGUUGAAAUUUUAGAACGCCACGCGCGUUCAAUUUUAACUGAUUUGGACGACCAGAUUGGAAGGAACAAUCCUAACGAAGCACGACCGUACGAAGGCAUCACGGGAAGUUUGGACAUAUCCGUCUUGGCGUACGUUUUGGAGAAAAUGUCCAACAUCGUCGACAGCUCGACGCAACUUCGAAAACGGCACCCUUCGUUAGCCUCGAGCUCCUUAAACGGCGACUCGCCGCAACGAUCUUCGACGAACCAACUUCUCAUCCAAGCGAUUCUCGAAGACCACUCUGUCUUUGCAGGUUUAGAGGUCGACGAUUCUACUAAAGCGUGGUUGAAAAGUUACGACGUGAACUCGGUGACUAGACUGGGGAAUACCGUCACGACGACGACGAAGUCAAAGAUCCACUCGUUCGCCGCCGCGGUGACAAAAAUGGCAGGCGCGAAAAAAGCUGUUUCGGCGUUAAAGAAAAGUACCGCCAACGGUACAAAUGCGUCAUCAGCGGCGAUAGUUUUGACCGAGGACGAGAAAAUUGAACUCAAUUCGUGGAACUUUAAAGUUUUCGAGUACGGCGAAGAGGAGAAGAACAGAAGCAACGGCGUCGCCGAGCCCAAACGCUCAGCGCUUCCUCUCUCUUCUUCCUACGCAAAAGCAUUUUCUUUCGUCGUUGAAAUGUUCCGGGAACUCGGUCUUCUCUCCGUCGUCGUCGACGAACCCGUCUUGCGCGUAUUCCUCUACGAAGUUGCGAAAUUGUACCGCUCCAAUCCGUACCACAACUUCACGCACGCGCUCGACGUCGCGCACACCACUUUCCGCUACAUAAAAUUGACAAAGUCGCGAACGAAAAUUACCAAGCUCGAACGUUUCGCCGUCAUGAUCGCGGCUAUCAUUCACGACGUGGACCAUCCAGGUCUAACCAACGCGUUUCUCGUUCGUACAAGGGACCCGCUGGCGACCACGUACAACGAUCAAUCCGUACUGGAAAACCACCAUCUGUCCUAUUUUUUCAAUUUGAUCGAACGGAAGAAAGAGGCGAACAUCUUCGAUUACGCGACGUCGCCGGCACAAUCGUCCCAUUUCACGGAGGAGAGUUACCGCGAGGUUAGACGCAUAAUCAUCGCGUGCGUCAUGCACACGGACAUGGCCACGCACUUUGGUUUGGUUUCGAAAAUGAACGAGUUUGUGGUAUCGCACGAUUUUUUGGAGGCGUUGGAAGAAGAGGAGAAAGGCGAGGACGACGACCAAAGCAAGAACGACGACGACGACGACGACGACGACCAAAACGAAGAAGAUCCACUCUUUGAAGAUGGUAUGGUGAAAAAAGAUAAAGGCGCGUUCUUCAAAACGGACGACGAACGACAGUUGAUGCUGAACGUGUUGUUACACUCGGCGGAUAUAUCGAACGCGGUAAAACCGUUUCCGACGUACAAAAUGUGGGCGACGAGAGUGUUGGAGGAAUUUUUUAACCAAGGCGAUCGCGAGAAAACGCUCGGGUUACCGGUUUCGCCGAUGAUGGAUCGAGAGACGACGAUCGUUUCUGUAUCGCAGAUUAAUUUUAUUGAGUUUGUGGUGGCACCUUUAUAUAGCGCAUUUUCGAAGAUGUUUCCGGAGACGCAAUCCAUGUGCGUCGAGCUCGUUGAAAAUCGACGGAUUUGGCAAGAACGUCUGGAAGAUGAAAUCGAGCGAGACGCGUCAAAAACAGACGCGCAGAAGAAAAGCGAACGAGAGCAGUUCGAAAAACGGUUCCGCGGAUUAAUCGACAAGCAUUUUUCGAGAACGAACGCGUUUAAGGAUACCGAGGAUCCAAUCGCAAAGCGCGUGUUAUCGACGCCGCCGCACUCGCGAAGAGGGUCGGCUGUGCACUCCUCCCCGCUCGCGAGCGCGCGGAGCACGCCCUCGAGAAAGCGAAGCGUCGUAAAUUUCGUCAACAACAACAACGAAUCGAAUAAUACUGGCGGGGAAGAAUAUGAGCACCACAACAACUACGCUGGUCCGCAAAGAAGCGACGCGAGUUCAGAUUCCUUCGUCUCUAUGCUUUCAAACGCGCUCAAAGCGGCGAAGAAAAACGGAGGAGGCGGCGUCGCCUCUUCUUCUUCUUCCCCGGCUGGAGGACUUCGUCGAGGCAGCAGUUUCAAGAGCGAAGACAACAACGAACAUUUAUAA